AUGUGGUCAUUUUCUGGAUUUAUAGUAUUAAGUAAUCAUGAUGCCCCAAUUCAUGUUGAGCAAGAAGAUGGUCGUAUUAAGUAUCAUACAUGGUGUGAAGCUAAUGAUGAAAAGCUAUUUAGUAAUAAUAAUUUUGGAAAAAAAAUCCUACAGGUUAACAUUGAACGAAAAUAUGCUAGUAGUAGAAAAAGAGAAUGGCAGUAG